AUGUCAAAACACGAGCUUCCCGCCGGGUACCGCCCUAGCUACGAGGUGUGCACGGAACCAUCCCCGUACUGCCCCGUCCAGGCCACCACUCUCGGCUACUUUCCCAACGAGGGUGUCAACAUCUUCCUCGCCAUCGGAUAUGCCCUGGCUGCAUUGAUCACUCUCUCCAUUGGCUACAUCGGCCGCGUCCUCCUCGCUUCCAACCCCUGGAAUGGGGGCGCCUUCAAGUUGCAAAUCGUCGCCAUUAUUCUCGGCCCCACCCUCGUCUGCGUCGGAUUGUAUCUCACCCUGAAGCACGCUGUUGUCGCGCUCAACCGGUCCUUCAGCCGCGUCGCCCCGCGCGUGUACCCUCUGUUCUUCGUUCCCGCCGACAUCUCCUGCCUGGUAAUCCAAGCCAUCGGCGGCGGCAUUGCGGCAUCCGCGGGCAGGGACAGCUACCAGCUUCUGCAGCAUGGAAACCGCACCAUCAUGGCGGGUAUUGUCCUGCAGGUGCUUGUUCUCGCUACCUUUGGUGCCGUGGCUGGCGACUACCUGUUUCGGGUCGGCCGGUACUUCAAGAGCGGGAAUGUGGCGCCCGAGUACCAGGAAGGGGCCGCCCUGUGGGUGACCAAGAAGUUCCGCAUGUUCGUGUGGGCUAUCGCCGUCGCCUACGCCACGCUGCUGAUCCGCUGCAUCUACCGUAUUGCCGAGAUGGCCGGCGGCUGGGGCAACCACAUCAUGCAGGACGAGCCGUCUUUCAUCGUGUUGGAAUCCUUCAUGGUGCUGAUUGCGUGCCUGUUGCUGGCUGUGUUUGCGCCGGGCAUUUUCUUCCCCCAGAUGUCGCACUCCUUUGUCUCCGCCGGCGCUGUGCCCGAAGCUGAGAAGCAACCGCAGACCGAGAGCGACUCAGCCGGCUUCGAGAUGGACCGGGUAUAA